AUCAUGCAGCAGGAACAUUUAUUUAAAGUUCUUGUGAUUGGGGAUCUGGGUGUUGGAAAAACAUCCAUCAUUAAGCGUUAUGUUCAUCAGAUCUUUUCUCAGCAUUACCGCGCUACUAUUGGAGUGGAUUUUGCUCUGAAAGUGUUAACCUGGGACAAUCAGACAGUGAUCAGACUGCAGUUAUGGGAUAUUGCUGGUCAGGAGCGCUAUGGCAACAUGACACGGGUGUACUAUCGUGAGGCUGUGGGAGCUCUGAUUGCUUUUGACGUGACCAGAUCAUCCACUUUUGAUGCGGUACUGAAAUGGAAAGAUGAUCUGGAUACAAAGGUGACUCUCAGCAAUGGCAAACCAGUGCCAGCUGUUCUGUUGGCCAAUAAGUCUGACCAGUCGAAGGAUGGCCUGUGUUCCAACCUUCCCAAGCUGGACACAUUUUGCAAAGAAAAUGGAUUUGUGGGCUGGUUUGAAACAUCUGCCAAGGAGAACACCAACAUCGAAGCAGCAGUCAAAUGUCUGGUUGAACAAAUACUGGUACAUGAAGAAAGUACAAUCAGUGACUCAGAUCCAGACACAGUGACCCUGUCUGGCAAUAAUAAUACCAAGGAUCGCACCCAAACCACGUGCUCUGCAUGCUCCAAAUAAACAAAUAAAAUAAACUUAAUGGUGAGCAGAAGCAGAA